AUAUUUUCGACACUUGCAGACCGCGCCGGCGUCAUUGUCUCCCGCGACUGCCACUUUGAGUCGAUUGGGCAGAAGGACAACGAGUGCACGGUAACACACAGCCGCCAGGUGGAGAGCUGCUUCACCUGCAAGGGGGAUCUGUGCAAUGCCUCUGGAGCGUCCCGUUAUUUGGCCCUGAGCGCAACGGCUCUGGUGGCGGUAUUCGCCUUGCAAAUGGCGCUGUGAGGGAAAACUCAACAAAUGAGCACAAACGAAUAAAAAUGCAUUUUCAUGUGCAAACACACAUACACACAUACCUAUGUACAAAUUAAUGGCGUCUGUAAAUUGUUAAUUGGUUUUAAAUAAAAUUCAAGAAGGAAAAAAAACUUAUA